AUGCCAGAGUGCAUACCAUGCCCAGCGGCGGCCCCGUGCGCGCCGACCGCCGGCGUCAAGUCGGGCCCGCAGGACGGGAGGCCGAUGGACGGGCGGCAGGAGCAGCCGUGCCCGUGCCGCAGCUGCUGCUGUGGGAAGCCGCCGAUUGUCAAGCCGUGCUACAAGCAACCCCGGAUCCCCGAUUCGUACGCGCCCCGCCGCUGCUACAUGAAGCCGACGGCGCGCGUCGAGUCGGGUACGACCUACAACAUGUCGUAUCUACCGGUGGAUGGGUGUAAGAACCUCCGAGGAGUCGCCAGGAAGCCCUCGCCGAACCUGGUGCCGAGUUGCGAGCCGAUGGAGAGCUGUACUGUGCAAAAGCUAUCCUUCCUCCCGAACCCAGUGUGCGUGACGCAGUCUAUCAGGCCGUGCCACCAUGACAUGUGGGGGCAGGGUCCCAUGCAGAACGUGACCACCCAGCGGCACGACUACGUGCCGAAGCCCUGCGUGUUGAGAGAGAGCUGCAAGCCUCCCCCGAAGUUCCACAGCGUGGAGCAACCGUUCGAAAAUCGCACAAUCAACAAGCUAUCGUACUUGCCUCCCGAAAAAAUCGAGCUGACCAAGUCGUUCGCGCCGGAGCGCUGCUACGAGAAGCCUGCUGCGAAGAUGGAGGGAACCACCACACACAAAAUGAGCUUUAUGCCUAACCAGAUUUUGCCAAAAGAGCCUGUUCCAUGGGCAUGCAAGGGGCAGUAUCAAAAGCCGUGUCACAAGCUAGACGGAAACACGACGUACACUAUGAGUUUUCUAGACGCGAAGAGCGACUGCCGCCGUCAAGCCAUCCUCCCUGACAGCUGCACCAAUCCGGUGACGGCUUCCAAGAGAUUCGAGACGCAGACGAUUUAUAAAAACAGUUAUCUGCCGGCCAAGGCGCCUAUACCGGUGCCAGUGAAACCCUCCCCGAACCUGGUGCCAUCCACAGCACAAAUGGAAGGAGACACUGUGCAUAAGCUAUCGUUCUUGCCGAACCCUGUGUGCGUGACGCAAGCGAUCCGGCCGUGCCACCACGACAUGUGGGGCCAGGGUCCCAUGCAGAACGUGACCACCCAGCGGCACGACUUUGUGCCGAAGCCCUGCAUCUUGACUGAGAGCUGCAAGCCGCCGCACAAGUUCCACAGCGUUGAACAGCCUUUUGAAAAUCGCACGGUGAACAGAAUGUCUUAUUUGAACCCUGGGAGAGUCCCAAUGCCAGAAUCGUAUGCGCCCAACAAGUGCUACGAGAAGCCUUCAGCCAAAAUGGAGAGCAGUACGACCCAGAAGAUGUCUUACCAGCCGGUGUGCGUGCCUUCGCCCCAGAAGCCCCCAUGGGCUUGCAAGGGACAGUACCAGAAGCCUUGCCAGAGGUUGGAGAGCACAACCGUCUACCGGUCAUCGUUCCUGCCACCUGGAGAAGACUGCACACAGUACAUGGAUCCUUGCUCGUAUGGAGACUGCAAACCUUGUGACUGCACAUGCCCCGCGGAAUGCAUAGCGACCGACCCAUGUGCCUGCACAUUCCCCAAGGCGGAGUGUUGCACGUAGCCACGGCAGCCAUUUUGUUGGCGUUCCAAAUUUCAGCGAAUUUAAAAUGGCGUCGUAUUGACGUAGUGAUUUCGAGGUUAAAUCAGCUUUGGAUUGUUAUAAAAUAACGCGGUUAUUUUAUUGAAUGAUAAUUCUUCUGUGAUAGUGAAAUUGUGAUUGGACGUGACAUUCGAUAUGCGACUAAUGUUUAUUUAAAAUUAUAUUUUGUAGAAUAACAUAGAUAUACGAUUUUAGUCGUAGUUUAGAAACGUUAUUGAUGUUAAUUC